AUUGUUGGUUUCAAACAUCUCUGAAAUGCAGAACAGAGUACUAGAAGAGGUUCAAAAUCUGAAUUUUAUAAAGGACAACAGUGCCACCUUUAUUGAGAGAAAACUUAGUUUUGAAAAGAAGAAGCCUGUGCAAAUUCCGCCAGAAGUGCCACGUCAAACUGACACUCACCGCUCCAGACUUCUGUCCACAUACACUACAGAGGAACUCUACCAAGCGAAGCGCAAAUGCAAUGCUACACAAGAACAUGACAUCAAUCUUCUGGAAGGGGAGUUGGUGGCUGUGAUGGAGCAGAAAGAUCCAUUGGGGAGUACGAGCAGGUGGCUUGUUGACACAGGAAUUAUUAAAGGAUAUGUGUAUUCUUCCUUCCUAAAACCCUACAAUCCGGCCAAAGCGCAGAAGAUGGGUGCUGAGAACAGGUCCUGUGAUGAUGACUUUGAUAACAUCAGCCUCUUUGUGUCUUCGCGGCCAACUAGGGACAGUGUCACAAGCACCCCAGAAGGUAGCAUAAGUGACAGCAGCUCCUCUCUGAGUGGCACAUGUGGAAAGUUUGAAACAAAUGGCACUGAUGUUGACAGCUUUCAAGAGGUAGACGAGCAGAUUUUCUAUGCAGUUCAUGCCUUUGAAGCAAGGAGUAACUGUGAACUCAGCCUUCAGGAAUACCAAAGAGUUCAUAUACUUAGAUUUUGUGAUCUAAGUGGCAAUAAAGAGUGGUGGUUAGCUGAAGCUCGAGGGCAGAAAGGAUAUGUGCCAGCUAACUACCUUGGAAAGAUGACUUACGCUUAAGAAAAUCAGACUUCUGGCUUACUUAAAAGUGAAGAUAUUCUGAAUGUGUUCUUUACCAUCAUGAAAGGCUGACUCUAAGGACAAGGUUUUUUUCAACUUACUGUAUUUUAUUUUUCUGUAUUAUGUA